UCGUAUGAUAUAUGGCGUGUGAUUGUUUGGUUUUUUCGUCGCGCGUGAAUGGCUGGAAAGAACGUGACGAGGGUGAAUGUAGCGUUAUUUCGAGACGCUUCUUCUGUUCAUCCAGUGACAAUGAGAUGAUACGUGGCUGCAAUCGUGCCAAGAUCUAAGAACACUGAUAAUUUCGAGGCUACAAGUGAACUAUGUUCUUAGAAUGGCCCAUGCCAUGAUCUGGAGCGAUUUGUUUAUUGUCAUUUCUAUUCUAUGGUGCGGCACAUUUUCUAGCCAUGGCUCACCUAUUCUUCUCUUUGCCACACAUAAGGACCUCAGAAUGGCUAAUGUGUCUCGCAACAACAAGGUCAAUAUCAUUAUUAAAGAGCUAUCGGAGGGUGCGGCGCUGGAUUUCUAUUAUGAACGCGGCUUGAUCUGCUGGUCCGAUAGUGGUCUGGAGAUGAUACAAUGCGCACACUCCAAUGGCACGUAUACAAGUGAAAGAAUGACUGUGGUGAACUCCAGACUGAUAUCACCCGAUGGUCUUGCCUGUGAUUGGUAUACGGGCAAGCUAUAUUGGACGGAUGGCGAGAAAAAUCUGAUCGAGGUGACUAGUAUCGAUGGUCGUCAUAGGAAGGUGCUGUUCUGGACGGACAUUUAUCAGCCACGCGCGAUUGCUUUAGCACCGAUGAAGGGUCUUCUUUUCUGGACCGAUUGGGGCGACAUACCUAAGAUCGAACGCGCCAGUAUGGAUGGCGAUCCGAGUACACGCGAGGUGAUUGUGUCCGAAAAUAUAUUCUGGCCGAACGGUUUAACAAUAGAUUAUCAGCACGAACUCAUCUACUGGGCGGAUGGCAGACUGUGGUUCAUCGCUGUAAUGGAUUAUCACGGUCGCAAUAGACGUACAUUAAUUAGCAAGGGCCUGGACUAUCCAUUCGCUAUCACUUUCUUGGAGGAUCGAUUGUAUUGGACCGACUGGAAGACCUGGUGCAUCCACACGUUCGACAUGCGUCAGUCACAAUACACGAGUCCGCGCGAAUUAUUUCAUGGAGAAUAUAUACCUGGAGACAUUAAAGUUUGGGAUGCAAGAAGGCAACCUUAUGGCGACAAUCCCUGCAAAUCUAACAAUGGUAAUUGUUCCCAUCUGUGUUUACUGAGUGCGGGAGAGCGCGGUUACAGUUGUGCUUGUCCUACGGGCAUCAAGCUACUGGAUGAUUAUACAUGCGCCAAGGGACCGCAGGAGCUGCUGCUGGUCGUCCAGCGAAACGAGAUCUGUCGAAUAUCCUUGGACUCGCCUGACUACACUAACUUUGCCCUGCCGCUUACUGGCAUCAAGCACGCGAUCGCGAUCGAUUUUGAUACAGUAGACAAAAUGUUAUACUGGACCGAUGAACAGGCCUGUGCCAUUAGACGCGCUUACUUGGAUGGAUCGAGUCAAGAAGAUGUAAUCGUCGCGGAGGUAGUGAAUCCAGAUGGAGUCGCGAUAGACUGGAUCGCCCGCAAUCUGUAUUGGACAGACACGGGAACGGAUCGGAUUGAGGUGGCGCGAUUGAACGGCACCAAUCGACGUGUACUGGUGAACGAGGAUCUAAUUGAACCGCGGGCAAUCGCGGUCGCACCUGAGCAUGGCCUAAUGUUCUGGACCGAUUGGAACGAAAAGCGGCCUAAGAUCGAGCGAAGCAAUCUUGAUGGCACCGAACGAAUCGCACUCAUUAUCAAAGACAUCGUUUGGCCAAACGGCAUUGCCCUGGACCUCGAACGCGGAAAAAUUUAUUGGUGUGACGCCAAGACCGACAAGAUCGAGGUAGCCAAUAUGGAUGGUACCGAUCGCCGCGAGAUUAUUACCGACAAUCUACCGCAUCUGUUCGGUCUGAGUCUGUUGGGCGAUUAUCUAUACUGGACCGAUUGGCAGCGACGUAGCAUCGAUCGGGCGCAUAAGCUCACCGGCAGUAAUCGGGAAGUCAUCGUUGACCAGGUGCCUAACGUAAUGGGACUCAAGGCUAUACAUCUCGGUCGAGUGAACGCCAGCAAGUCGCCGUGCGCUCGCGACAAUGGUGGUUGCAGCCAUCUCUGUCUCAAUAGGCUUCACAAUAGGUACGUUUGCGCCUGUGAGAUCGGUUAUGAAUUAACCAAGGACAAGCGCACGUGCAUCGUGCCAGACGCUUUCCUGCUGUUUGCCAGGAAAGAGAACCUUGGCCGGAUCAGCAUCGAGAAUACCAAUAACGAUAAUAUUAUACCUGUCACAGGUAUCAAAGAAGCCAGCGCCUUGGACUUUGAUUUACUCGAGAAUCGUAUCUAUUGGACGGAUGUUAAAAUUAAAGCCAUUACACGUGCCUUUAUGAAUGGAUCGGACAUGGAAAGAGUGGUCGAUCUCGGCCUAGAAUCGCCGGAGGGUCUUGCGUUAGAUUGGAUCGCGCACAAUCUUUAUUGGAGCGACAUUAACAUGCGUAGGAUAGAGAUGAUCAGAUUGGAAGGUGGCAGCAGAAAGGUACUCGUGUGGCAAAACCUCAUCGAGCCCAAGUCUCUGGCUCUAGAUCCUGCGAAAGGCCACAUGUACUGGGCCGAAUGGGGCGAUGCUGGCAGCAUAGAGAGAGCUUUAUUGGACGGCACGCAACGACAAGUGACUGUCUCAAACAUCGGCCGAGCAAACGGUCUGACCCUCGAUCACGUCGCGCGAAAGCUCUAUUGGGCCGAUGUCUCCACGCCCGCGAUUGACUGUUUCGAUCUUCUCGCACGAAAGAAGGAAGUCAUCAUCUCGCACGACAUAGGCUAUCCUUUCAGUAUCACGCAAUAUCGCGAUUACAUCUACUGGACUGAUUGGAACACAGACGACAUUGAGCGGGCAGAUAAGCUGACCGGAGCGAAUCGAACCAAAAUCCAUGACAAGCUGGAAUCUGUGACAGAUCUCAAGAUAUUCCACGAGUCCAGGCAGACCGGCUGGAAUCCGUGCGCCAUUACGAAUGGUAAUUGUAGUCACCUCUGCAUCGCUUUGCCAGGACCAACCGAAGGCGGUGCUUCCGUCACGCACAGAUGCGCGUGUCCCACGCACUACGCACUAUCACCGGAUAAUCGGACGUGCGUGGCGCCUCGGCAGUUUAUGAUCUACAGUUUGCGCAACGCAAUCGCGCGUUACUUGCCUGAUGAAGCGCAUGACUGUGCGGAUGUGGUACUGCGUGUGCCAGGCCUGAAGAACGUCCGGGCGAUCGAGUUCGAUCCAGUGACGCAGCACGUCUACUGGAUCGACGGGCGCACCAUGUCGAUUCGUCGUGCCCUCGAGAAUCGCACGCAGCAGCAGCACAGCAGCAAGGUUGUGGUGUUCACCGGCGGGACCGGGCAUCCGUUCGAUCUCGCACUGGAUCCCCUUGGCAGAUUGCUCUUCUGGACAUGUAGCGAGAACGACGCCAUUAACGUCACGCGAUUGGACAAUGGCUCGGCCCUAGGUGUCGUGGUGAAGGGCGACAGCGAGAAACCGCGUAAUAUUGCCAUUCACUCGCGGCGGCGAUUGCUCUUUUGGACAGACGUGGGCAAGAGGAUGCGAGUGAUGCGCAGCAAAAUGGAUGGCAAGGAACGCCACGUGAUCGCUGGCGACCUGCCGGAGCAGCCGACUGGUUUGACCAUCGAUGCUGCGACCAACAUCGUCUUUUGGGCCUACGGUAGGCAGAUCGAGUGUGCUGACUUCAACGGCGGCAACCGCAGAAUUCUAGUGGCCGCCGCUACUAAACAGACUUCGCCGAUUCAUUUAGCGGUGCUUUAUGAUCAUCUCUACUGGUACGAUCGUGAUGUCCAGGCGAUUGAGGGAGUUGACAAGGUAUCCGGCUCAAGUCUCAAGCAAAGCGCCCUGAUGUCGACUAGUCGCGCGCUUACGGAUCUCAUUGCAGUCAACACACCUGAGGACUCGCUCAUGGAGACGCAUGUGUGUAGCCCGUUCAAUGACUACGGUGGCUGUUCGCAUUUCUGUAUCGGCAUCACCACUAUUAUCGGCACCGGUGCCGACAAUGGCGCCUCAGUGUUACCGCGUUGCUCGUGCCCGAGAUCCUUGGUCCUGUCUGAUGACGGUCGAACGUGUCGUACGGCACCUGCUUGUGGAAACGAGCACUUCACGUGUGCCGGAUCAAGUUCGGCUACAGGCAAGGACUGCAUCCCUGUCCUGUGGAAGUGCGAUGGUCAGACUGAUUGUCCAGAUGGUAGCGACGAACUGGGAUGUCCCAUGUGCACCCGCGAACAAUUCAGGUGUCAGAACCGUUGUAUUGAUCUAUCUAUGGUGUGCGAUGGGACACCGCAAUGCUCGGAUGGAUUGGAUGAGGAGCACUGCUGCCAGCCCGGACAAUUUCAAUGCAGAAGCGGUGUUUGCAUCGCCGGGAGAUCCAUAUGCGAUGGUUGGGAUGAUUGUGCUGAUGGCAGCGACGAGCUAUCGCCAGUUUGUGCUGAUCCACAUAAUCCGCACCGUCAGAACAGUGGAUCCAGAGCACCUAGCGAGUCUGGCAAGAUGACUUACAUCAUCGUUAUUCUAAUAGUAGUGAUCGUGGCUGUUGCGAUCAUUUUAAGUUACUAUUACUGCCGCAGAAGGUUUACUGGAAAUGAAGGUCUGCCCGAUAUCUUACAUGAUUCGGCGGGAGAUCCGUUAUCGCCGAAACCAAAUAAUAAUCGAACAGUAAAGCCAAUAUUCGCUUCGCAGAAAAAUAACAGGAAGGACGUAGGAACAGGAGGAGGUCUCAAAGCUGGAAUGGAAGCCGUAAGGAUGUCUAUGCUAAACGGGAGCAGUUUUGGUUCUAGUUAUGAUCGCAGUCAUAUCACAGGAGCGUCAAGCUCUACCAGGGGAAGCUCCGCGGGUGGAUAUCCCCAGGAGACGUUGAACCCACCACCGAGUCCGGCGACCAUCGCUAGUUCGACACGUUGCUCGAGCAGCAACGCGUCUCGGUACAAGCCAUAUCGACACUACAGGAGUAUUAAUCAACCACCACCUCCUACUCCGUGCAGCACCGAUGUCUGCGACGAGUCGGAUAGCAAUUACCCAGCGCGUUACCGUUAUGAGAGUGAGCCGUUUCCACCGCCGCCUACUCCACGCUCUGUCUAUCACAGCGACGCGGCGAUUAGCUGUCCGCCGUCUCCCAGCUCCAGAUCGUCCACGUAUUUCAGUCCUCUACCACCGCCGCCGUCGCCAGUGCCUUGAGAUUAAUCUUGAUCAAAGAUAGAUAGUAAUUUUUAACUGACAUCAGUAUUUCUUUUAUUCGAUAUUAAACAACGUCGCGCGCAGAAUACUCGACCAAGAUAUUCAUACAAUUACUUAAACAAGAUCAAAAAUUCAAUCUAACAAAAUUAGACUUAUAGCAAUAAUAUUUGAGAGAGAAAGAGUUAUCUUUCAUCUAUCAGGAUUUUUUUUAUGAUUCCCACCAACUCAUUAAUCGUCCUUUUUACGGGACAAAGUUUUUAUUAUUUUUUAAUCUUUAUUAUAUAGGAAAAGGAAAAUUUUGACGAUGAAUAAUCUUCCUUUAAGCUUUAAGUUUUUUAGAAAAAUAAC